AUGAAAAAGACAGUCAGAUCGAAAAGCACCAGGGCCUCCAGGCGUCCAAGCAUCUGGCAUGGCGGCCUGAGACCUCAGAGAUGGUUCACGUUAAGUGACGAGGAUGCAUCUAUCAGGCACAAGUCUCUCUUAGAGACAGCGAAUGUCGUGAAGCGAGUGUAUGAGCAAGGAUUGAGUUCAGCUCUGCAGGCAGCAAGCAUGCUGAACUUCAACGGGUGCUCGAUGGACUCGAUGUUUGAGUGUGUCUUCAAGCUCGUCAUCACCACCUCGGGGCUUCGCUUUGAUCGAGAAGUGCAAGACGCGUUGAUCGCGUCGAUAGCCAAAGACCUGAGCUCAUCAACCCAUGGCGCGACGCAUGAGGGGCCGCAACCCCCCGUCGAUGUCCUGCCUGCUGAUGUACAGGUCUUCUCGGUAGAAGAGAAACUUCACCACGACGAUCGUCACUCGUCUAGGAUAUGCGCGUCUGUGAGCAUUGUGGCGUUCUGCAAGGAAGAUGCCCUGGGGAUUCAAACUCGAUUACAGGCGAUGCUGAUAAAGCAUCAAGAUCGUUGGGUUUGGUUGUCUUUGAAAUCUACAUUCGAGGAGCUUUUCUUUGCUGUCGAAGACAUGGGUCAAGGAACAUCUUUGACGGAAGUGGAGGUGUCAGGCCUGCCUGUGUUGGAGGAGAUGGCAACGCCAGUGGUGAAGAGAGCAUGCGCGCAUGCCGACCUCAACCUUGUGGAUCCUUGUGAAGAUGCGCAGCAGGAGAGGACCGUACUACUCGUUGGGGGAAGAAACCCUUGCAAGAAUGACUUGUUCAAGUGGCUUGCUGGGAUGAACCCGUCGGACUCGUUCCUCCAUGACCAACUCAACAGCGACCACAAGUUCACCAUUGCCUGCGAGUCAACGGACCCGCUCCUGUUUCGAGCUCCCAAGAUCGCGCAUGCGAUCACAAAAUUUCAUGCUGAGUGCAAGGCGCUCGAGGUGGCGCACCUGGACAACCUCAUUGCAAUGAUAGCAGACAAGGUCAAGGUCGGGGGGUAUCAAUCGACCAUGCGAGCAGCUGAGUUCAUCAAACUCGUCACGACCGUGGGAUUCGGAGAAGAUGCCCUUGUUGACGGGGUCUUGACGUCUGAAGAAGAGCAGUUUCUUGUCAAGACUCUUGCGCUGAACGACGACGAGCAGCUCUUGCUCUGUGAGAUCGAAGAUUGCCUCCUGACCUUGCGGACACAACUCGCUGAUACGUCGAGCGAGAUGUCAGGGAAAGGAGGAGGAGGAGGAGGGGCGAGAGGAGGACACGCGCAGUCCUCAGUCUUUGGUGAGCAUGAGGAGCUGGAUAUCGACAGGCUGAACAUGCAGGCAAAGAAGAUCGAAGAGGACAUGAAGAGAGAUCAGAAGAAGGUCAAGGACAAGGAGGCAGAGGUGAAGGCGCGACAGGCGGCGGAGAAACUGAAGAAGAAGUACUUGGCGAUGGCGAGCGCCGCUGCAGAGAAGCUCAAUGCUGCUCAGGCGACCAUGAAGGCGAAUCAGGAGAUUCUAGAGGCAAAGAAUGCAAACGACAAGGCUGUGAAGAAAGCUCAAAGCAACCUGAUCACCGUCGAGAAGACCAUCGCGAUGGCUAAGAAGCAACUUGCCGAGGCCAACAAGCAGCAUGAUGCUGUUGUAUCUGCUAUGAACGCCAUGAGUGAAUUCCGGGCGUUGGGAGGAGGAGAAGGUAAGAGGUAUGAGAGCGAAAAGCAGGUGGUAGACGAAAUCCAUUGGAUGCUGCGCUCGGGCAUCCUCGAUAGCCUCUCCUCUUGCUUCAAGGAUGCCCAAUCGGAGGAAGGGACGAGACUCUCCAUCCGGCACUGCGUGGAGGCGAUGAGAAAGGCGUUCGAGGAUCGCGGAGUUUCGAUCCCCUCCUACUGGCUAGGGAGGAUGCUGGCGAGCUUUGACUGGGAAGGCGACGGAUUUCUGGACAAGGCCGAGCUCCUGGAACACUUCGAUACCAGCGACUUUGCGUCGAGGAGGAGGAGGGUUGCGUCUCUGUGCGGGCUGCCCUGCAUGGCGAUGUACAACGGAGGAGGAAGAGUGUUCAUGCUCAGCCCCGAGGAGAGCAAGAUCUGGAGGGCAAACCCGCAGCAGGAUGCAACGGCGGCAAAUCAGUUGUACGAGGCGACCAUAGUGAAGGAGUUUGCAAACAACAAGAUCGGCGUCAAAUUCUCCCACCGCAGGGAGUCACCUGCGCCAGCGCAGGCAGUGCAGGAGCGAAUCCUUUACAAGCAGUUCAGCGACUUUCCCGGCGAAGAUUUCUUCCUACUGCAGACCUGCCGCCCGGAGGAAGUGAUGCUGCGCACGGUGAAGAGAGGAGCCAACGCCCUCAUGCUCCUGACGCACUCGGAGCUGCACAGCAAGCAGACGGAGCUGGUGAGCAUGCUGCAGCGGGAGCUUGUGAAGAAGACUCUGCUGUCGGGGAGGAAGGAGAACGACGUGCUCAGCAUGCAGAUCCUCGAGGCCCUGGCGACAGCAGACAGGGAGAAGAUUGUGUCGAGCAUGCUGACGUUCUGGAACGUCAACUGCAGGGGGAGCAGCGUUGGUGGGGCAGCCGGCGACGAGAGGAGGGUGAAGGAGGUGGAGGAGAGGAAGAAGAUGAUCGCUUCUCUCACCGAGGGCAGCGACGAAGCGCUCAAGUCCAUCCUCCAGACGAGCUCGCAAGUCCCUCUGACCCGCUUCAUGGCUGGCAGCGUCUGCCUGUCCUUCAACAGCCUCCCUCAGCACUGUCGCCCGACCCUCGUGCAGGCCCCAGAGCUGAUUGCUGGCAGCCAGGUGCGGGAGGACUCGAGCAUGGACAUCCUGCAGACUAUCCGGAACUUCUUCCCGGACCCGAGCUCGUCCGAGAGCCUGGAGCAGCAGAUCAGGAAGAAAUUCCAGGAGGCAGACGCUGACCGCUCAGGGACGCUGGAGAAGGAGGAGGUGAAGACUCUGAUAGAGAGGACGGUGAACAGGAGUAAAGAGAGAAUCCGCCCGUCGCAGCUCGACAUGUUCAUCGAGCUCAUCGACCAGGACGAGAGCGGGACCAUCGAGAUGGAGGAGCUGGUGAACGCUGUCAAACCAAGGGGGGGCGACUGCCCUUACGAUCAAGGGGGAAUGAUGGAGGCCAUGGCGGAGAAAGUGACGACGAUUCUCCUGCUGGUGGACCCGAUCCACACGCGGUUCAACUCGUGGGAGAAGGAGGUGUUCAAAAGGAUGUGGAGCAAGCACAGGAGCAAGUGCGUCCUUGCCACGUUCGUCACUGCAGAGCACCAGGAGGCAGUGAAGACGGUCGGAGGGCUGAAGGAGAAGAUAGCGGCAACGGCACAGGACCUCGCCAAGUUCGUCGGAGACGAGGAGGUGGAGGAGGAGGUGAACAGGAACGUGUUCGGGGUGGGAAGCGUCCUGGACCACCAUGGCGACGUCUCUUCGUCCCACCUCGAUCGCUCCAAGUGGAAGUUCUUGAGCAGCGGACUGAACAAGCUGGUCAUCCGAACGAUGCUGAGGGAGGAGGAGGACGCGCGAGCGAUGGUUGAACUCCUUGCCGGCUCUCUCCGAGUAGUCUCGCUGUGGAUCAGGAAAGUCUGCGAGUCGGGAGAGGUGGCGAGUCAGCGGCCGCAGACAGCGAGCAAUCAGCUUGCAAGGGCUGCGCGGCAUGUAGAGGAGUGCAGCGAGCACGUUCUCAACAACUGCAAGGUGAUGUUGUCUUAUGCAAGACUGUCUGCUGUGAAGAGCGUGAGGGAGCUGUUCUCCCGCAUCAAGUACUUCGAUUUCUCCGAGGAAGUCCAGCGGCUGCUGCAAGUCAGCAAGAAGGCAAAGAAAGUCUCGUCCCUGCUCCUCAAGAGCCUCCACAUCGACCGCUCCUCCCUGCUGCUGGAGGACGGCGGGCAGGACUGGGUGUCAGUGAGGAAGGCAGUGGAGGACAUGGAGAUCUUUACGUGGAGGAGCAGAGACUUUAUCGAGGAGUGGGAGCGAUCGAUCGCAAGCGACCCGCUCGUCCCCCUUGAGACCACCAGGAGGAUCGCCCGUCCUGCUCUCCUCGGCGUUCGAAGCUUUGCCGACCUGGUUGACAUGGAUCGCUUCAAGCUGCAGGAGCUGCUGCAGGAGCAGGAAGAGCAGGAAGUCACCCUCAGGUUUCCCUUCCUCUUCCAUGUCAAUGCUGUCCGGUCCAAGUUCUGGGAGGUGGAGACGUCGCUCUAUGCUCGCAACCUCUUCCUCCUCACCCGCGAGCGUUUCCUCUGCCUCGAUGACGUCAAGCUCAUGCAUGCUGUCUUAGAGGGCUACGUCAAGGUCAAGUCUCACAGCAAGUCGCUCCUCCUCGAUGGUCUCUUCCUCCUCACUGACGGUCUGCGACCCAACCGCAGCCUUCAAAUCGUUCCCGUCCGCGAGCAGACAAUCAUUCAGACAAGUGUCGAGAGGAAGCAUAAGGAGGUGACGCACUUCUACUUUUCUGACUUGGAGCCAAGCGAGGACGCGAGAGCUUCUGUCCGCUGCGGCAAGAUUGCAGCCAACACGGUUGCUGCCAUGGUUGUCUUCCUGCGGCAGGAAAUCCUCGAGACUCUCGGAUGGAUCCCUGACUCUUCAGACUCGGACGAGGCCUGA